CCAAUUUCAUAAAUCAAUCACAGCUGAGCAGGUGGUUGCAGACCACUUAGAGUCCUGCUCCUUUACAACUACUAUAACUAGUUUAGUGUGUAACCACAACACCACAUCUGGCAUUUCUUAUUAAAGAUGGGGGAGAGGUUGCAAAGCCAAAAAAAAUUUGUUUGUUCGUUUUUUGAUUGUAAAGCUGAAUUCAGUAAGUCAUGGAAGCUCGAGGCUCAUCUUUGCAAACACACAGGACUGGUAAGUGGUUUGGACUGCUGGAGGUCCUGUGGAAAUAUGAAGUUUAACCAACCCUGGAUUUCAUGUCAAAUUUUUCCCUGAACUUAGAAACCAUUCUCUUGUGAGAGCUGUGACAAGAGCUUCUGCACUCGCUAUCAGCUCACCAGACAUGAGCUCAAUCACAGUGGAGAGAAACCCCACAAGUGAGGCACAUUUUUAAAUAAACACUGAUGGUAAUGAUCGAUUUUUCUUGUCAUGUCCCAAGCUGCUUUUUUUCUCUUCUCAGGUGUCUGGCUGAUGGGUGCACUGAGGCCUUUGUGACAAAUACCAGCAUGAAGAACCACAUGGCCCGAAUCCACCAGCGCCAGGAGAAACGCUAUCAAGUAAAAUAACAAGGUAAUUUUCUUUUGUUGUGCGUCUUUCUUUAGCUGUAACCGCUUUGCCUUUGUUUUGUUUUUUGUUUUCAGUGUGACCAUAAGGGCUGUGAAAAAGACUUCAACAAAAGGAACCAGCUGAAAGCUCAUAAGGGUGAUCACCAACACAUCCUACCUUUUCAGUGAGUGUCGACAUACCAAAGCAUGAUUUUUAAAAAAUAUUUUGAGGUGAUUUUAAAGCUUCAAAAACAGACUUUUCAUUUAACUUUUGAAAUAGUUGUUCUUUCAGCGGCUGUACGAGAGAAUUUCCCACUCAUGGAAAACUGAAGCAUCAUGAGGGAGUGCAUGCAGGUUGGUAAAUAAUGUCUUUUCUGUUUGUUACUCUCAAAUAAAAAAUAUGAACCCUUUGUCUUUUCUGCUGCAGGUUACCCUUGUGAAGAUUGCUCAUUUCAUGGAAAAACAUGGACCGAGUAUCUAAAGCACAGAAAUGAGCACAAAGGUUUGAACUAAAUGUUGGAAAAUUAAGAGAUUGCAUUGUAUACCCGGUCACUGUGUUGAGGUGACCUCUUUCUUCAGUCAAGGUUCAGUGUGGAGAGUGUAAAAAGCUGUUCAACAACGCCUGGUUCUUGCGCCAGCAUGAGCUCCAUGUCCACUCCGGGGAGAAGAAGAAGCUGUCGUGCCCCAGAAAAGGCUGUGACAAGAAGUUCACUCAUCGCUUUAACCUGGAGAGCCACGUUCUGGGAGACCAUGAGGGCAAGAAGCCGUUCAGCUGUGCGUUCAAAGGCUGUGGGAAGAGCUUUGCCAUGAAGGUCAGCACACAAACACAAUCACUACAAUAAUACCCUGUAAAAACUGAUCAUGCAGUUGAUUUUAUUAUCACUAAAAGCUUUAAUUACUUUGGAAAAGCAAACUUCUGUAUCUGAUCAGUUUCUAUUCUGUUUUCCACAAAGGAACAUUAAGAGAUGAUUAUUCAGAUUUACAAAAGCUUGAACGUUUUUUUUUUUUUUUUUAAUUAGAAAUCAUCAAGUGUGUUUAUCUGCAUUAAGCGGAGGACUUUAUUCUAUUUGGAUAUAAAAUAGAGGUUUCUUUGUGUGAAUUUUGGGCUAACCUGUACCAUAAAACUGCUGAAACACGGUAUUUGGUCUCCUUGGUCACUGGUCUCAUUGUUUAAUCAGGAAAGCCUGUGGCGACAUGGAGUGGUGCAUGACCCAGCAAAGAAAAAGCUGAAGGUAAUGUGUCCUUGCAAACCAUUUACUCCGGGAAUGUGACUUUACUUAACUCUAUUUGUCCUUUUGUAAGUCGCCAUUUUUUUUCCCUUUCCCCCUCCAGAAACUGCAUCCAAGAAAGAACCAGCCUUGGCGUGUUGCAGAGCGGCUCAGACGUGCCGCUGUGGCCAUGCAAGACGAGACCAACAAGCUGGCUGCAAAGCUACGCAAAACAACUUUAAAGAAUGAUAAACCUUGAGGCUGCUGCACAUAAAUCUUUGCUUCGUGUUUGUUUAGUGGAAUAAAUCCGGUAAUUUCUGUUACAUUUUCUCUGCUAAUAUGAAAUAAAGCCUCAAUACUGCAGCAC